UGUAAACACAUAAAGGGCUUGUGGCGUGUGGCGUGCAGCCUGUCAAAUUAGAAUACACGUAAAGCACAUGCGCCGAACACAAUCCACAACACAAGCCAGGGUUGUCGUGCGAUUGCACACCAAGCUGUAGACGGACAAUUUCUAUUUUCUAAUUUGACAGGCGUGCGAAGAGAAAAUGAGAGAAUAUUUGCUCUCUGUUGACAUUUCGCUCAAAAAUUCAAAUCAAACGGCUUUUGAUUUAUUGUGCAAACGUUUCCAAAUAUAUUUAUUUUAUUUAUUUAAAACAAUGGAUUCCGAUGAAAUUUUAAUUAGCGAAGUGCAAAAAUAUCCAUUUUUGAACAACCUUUAGGAUGAGGGGUAUGAAAAUGCUCUGAAAAAGGAGGAAGUGUGGUUGCAGAUAAGCGAAGUAUUGGGCCAAGAAGCUAAUGUAUGUAAAAAGCGCUGGAAAGGUUUGCGCGACCAUUAUUCGCGGUGCAAACGGGCCGAGACUUUGCCAUCAGGAAGCUCCGCUAGCAAGAGGACGAGAUGGAGGUUCUAUGACCAAAUGUCAUUUUUGGACAACUUCCAGUACUGCCGGAGAACGUGGAGCAUUGUUUCCGAAGUGGAGGAAAGUGUUAUUGAAGUGCAGGGAGAAGAAGACGAAGUACACACAGCAACACCACGCCAAUCGCGACGCAAACACGACAUGAUUGAUGACGACUUUAGUUUUUUCCUAGAGGAAACUUCAAGUUCCCUGAAGGAAACGUGCGACACAUUUGCUGCCGCUGCAAAUAGCAUUACAAUCGCAAAUACUAAUAAUGUGCAAAAUGCUUCCGCGAGUAUGUUUCAAGGAAUUGCUCAAAUCAUUACGGCACACAAGUUUAACCCGCAGGAAGAAGCGACGUUGGUGGGAAAAAUUACCACAUAUGCUUUGAACGAAAUAGCAAAAAUGCGAAAGGAAAAUUAAAUUUAUUACAUCGAAAUCAUAUAUAAUUAGUGAGUAUGUAUAUUAAAAUAGAAAAUGUUGCUAGUAUCAGUUAU